CCAUCGACAGCAAUGGCUUGGCUGAUACUUCUUCUCCUGUCGCUGUGGGCUGAUGUCACUUUGGGAGGUGUGGAGAAAAGGAUCAUUGGAGGUCAUGACUGUGGAAAAGAUGAACGGAAGUUUCAUGUCCGUCUGAGCAUAGAUGGCCAACUUGAAUGUGGUGGAUCUCUGAUCAGUGAUAAGUGGGUUCUAACUGCAGCUCACUGCUGGCUUAAAGUGAAUGAUCAGAGGAGUCUUGAAGCAGAACCAGGAGUACAUCCAUCUGGUGGCACAAGACAAACGAUAGCAGAACACAAGAUAUAUAUGGAAGGUACAAAUAAACAUGACAUCAUGCUGCUGAAGCUGUCGACAGCUGUGACAGGGAUUGCAACAGUGGAUCUACCCGACUGUACGAAGAGUGUUGUACCUGACCCAAAGAAUCCUCAAACCAGCGGUGGGGUCAAAGUUCAGGUCGCUGGCUACGCUAACUAUGUUGGAAAACCUGGAGAUGUAAAAGCAGCCCUCCAAAGACAACUCCCUGCCACCCUGCAGUGUGCCGACAUGGAAGUUACCACAUGUGGUAGUGAUUUUGAUGAUGAGUUUCUGCGGCACCGUUUCUGUGGCAAAACAUCAGGUGGAGUUGAUACCUGUCCGGGGGAUUCUGGUGGAGGGGUGGUGUACGACAAGAAGAUUUAUGGUGUCCACAGCGGGAGUGGGGGCGUGGUCUGUAGUUCACCAGCCAACUUCAUGGAUGUCUGCAGGUACUUGGAUUGGAUCAAGACAACUAUCCAGGGUUAAUGACUCAUAAUAAUAAAGAAUAAAUGUUGAGAUCUCUCAUCUCCCUACAAGAACAUGUUGUCAUUGCUUUCUUCUCUUUAUUUAAGUGUCUCAUUAUUAGUUUCGCUGUAAUGUAGAUACUGCUUUGCUAAUGGAACAAUGCAGUUUGCAGUGAACACUAGUGAGGUUUUCUCACCUGUGUCCUGUUUCACAAUGCUUCACAGAACCAAUGAAAGGACAGGAGACAAGUGAGAAAUGGCCUGUGAAUAAAAACACAGAGUGAUUAAACUUCAGAAAGGUGCACACGG